AUGGCCGGCACUAAGCGCCUCUCCUUCAAGGGUGAUAUAGGCCCUGCCACAAAGCGUAAGCGGAAGGAGCCUAGGGAAGGAUCAGUGAAGGAGGAAAAGGCCGUAGCAGGCCCCAAGGAAGAGGAAGAAGGAUGGGUUACGGCGGUUGCGCAGGAAGACUUGCAUGGACCAUUGAUGCUUUGCUACAACCUUGAUCGAGCCGUGGCAGUCUCCUCAGAUGCGAAUGGACGCGUCUUUGUGACGGAUCUAGAGUGCCCCGAGGGUCGUCUCUCUAUGGUGGAACCACAUGAAGUAAGGCAGGUCUUUGUGGUUGCUCGACUCCCGCAGGACAAUGGCGCGCUUCAAGUCACACUCAAGUCAAGCAUGGGACAGUACAUGUCUUCUGACCGCUUUGGCAAGGUUCAAUGCACAAGUGAUGCUGUGGGACCUGCAGAAACAUGGGAGCUCAUCAAGAGGCCUGAUGGAUGGGCCUUCCAAUCUGCUAACGACUUGUUUCUGUCCAUCGGCAGAAGCAAAGGAGCCACGGGUAAGGAGGUGGUUCGAUGUGAUGCGGAAAGUAUAGGCUUCUGCGAGACGUUCACAGUACGGACACAAGCUCGCUAUCGUCAAGCGCCACCAGCGACCAAGACUCCAACUACAACUGGAAAGCCGAGAGUAGCCUCCAAGAAGGAACUCGAGGCUAUGGCUGGUCGAACGCUGACUAUGGAUCAGGUGGACGAUUUGCGUGCUGCAGAGCGUGAUGGAACGUUACAUGAAGCCAUCUUGGACGUCCGCGUUAAGGGCAAGAGCGACAAGUUUGGCUGA